UGUGUGGCGAAGUACUUCCGGCUAGGCGCUCAUUUCAAAAGCGCUGGAGAUAUUUCGUUUACUGCACUGAGUUUGAGAAACAUUAUAAAAACUGGCUGCCAUGGCAGACCACGACGAGAUUGAUGAUUAUUUUAUGCAUUUUAAAGAUCAUAGACUAAAGACUUUCAAAAACUGGCCCUUUGAAGAUGGUUCGUGUUGCGCAGAAAAGCUGGCAGAUGCUGGUUUCUACCACAUUGCAACUGAUCAAUCCCCCGAUGCAACACGAUGCUUUGCCUGCUACAAGGAGCUAGAUGGAUGGGAGCCCAAUGAUGAUCCAUGGCAUGAGCACAAAAAGCACUCCCCAUCCUGUGCAUUUCUCAAGAUGGGCAUGGCUGUAGAAGAAAUGACCGUACAAGAAUUAAUGAAACUGGAAAUCAAACGUCAAGCAUGCAAAAUGACAAAAGCUGUUGAUGCCAAGAUCAAGGAAUUUGAACUGCAAUGUGAGGAAGUGCGAAAAGAGAUGAAGGCAUUGUUGUAACAGAAUGAGUCACUUGUUCAUUUUCAUGAUACUGCUCUUGGUUAAUCUAUUUCCUAUGUGUUUGUAUGUGUAAGUGAAACAUUAUUUCUAACUGCCAAAGUAAAUGUACAUGCACAAAACUUUGGGUUUUUUUUAUUUGUAGUUGAAACAUUAGAUCAUUCUCAAUACUACUAGUUCGGUAAGCUUAUAGCAGGUCAGAUUAUAGCAUUUUUAAUUUGCUGAUUUCCUUCAAUUUGGCAAGUGAUUAGAUUAAAAGAGCAAAACAUAUUGAAAGUAUUAGUGUAAAUUGACAUCUAAAUCUUACAAGCUUGUAUAAUUUUCAGAAAAAAUAAACCUAAAUAUUGGUCAAAGACUAUUAAGUUAUUUUUGUUCCCAGUUGUUCCAAAUCAAGUCAUUGACUUUCCUCAUGUCAUUUGAGAUCACUGUUUUGGCAAUGGUGACGUUGAAAUUUUAUAGUAUAAUCAUUCCAAAUAUUUUUAACCAUUCAUUCAUUACUUGUACCUUGUGUUGGUAAAAUUAUUUGUUAUAUACCUAAUUUGGGAGCAAAAGGGUUAAAAGAGUAAGCAAAACAAAGAACUUCUGUACCAAAAGGAACAUGAGAAAUGAUAAAAUCAGGCUCUUUAGUAAUGCUUUUGACUUGACCAUUUUGAGUUUAUCAGAAAUGUUUUAGCAGACUGCCGGCAGCAAAGAUUUCAGUUAGCCUUUCUCAGGUACCAUGUUUGAUUCCACUUUGUUGCAUGACAUUUAACUGUAAGAAUUAUGGUAGGCAAGGGACCUUAAAAUGUUUGUCUUUUGGCCUUGUUUUCAAUUUUUAAGAAGUAUUUACAAAGGACUUGCUGUUUGCACAGUGAUAAAAAGGCUGCUGAUUUGUAUAGCCAGUGUUGCCCAAAACAACAAAUCAAAAUGUAUUCUUUUGUAUAUUGUAUGAAUAAAUUAGUUUAACUAAAA